AUCACGAGAGUUAAAUGUUAACUGUACGGAUAAACAUAGGGCAAUGUCACACACUUAGUUGCCGACUGAUUGCAUCGACCUCUCGCUCGAGCUAACGUUGAAAUAAUGUCCAGUAUCCCAGUGUGCAUCAAUGAUUUUGAAAAGGUCGCGGAAGGAAUUCUACCCAAAGCAGUCUACGACUAUUACUCUUCAGGAGCCGAUGAACAGCAGACCUUGAAGGACAAUGUGGCUGCUUUCUCCAGAUGGCAACUGUGCCCGCGUGUCCUCAGGGAUGUGUCAAACAUGGACUUAUCCGUGACUAUCUUGGGACAAAGAGUUAGCAUGCCCAUCUGUGUCUCUGCUACAGCCAUGCAGCGAAUGGCACAUCCAGAAGGAGAGGUGGCAACAGUGAGAGCUUGCAGGUCGCAGGGUACGGGCAUGAUGCUGAGCACCUGGGCUACCUCCAGCAUCGAGGAGGUAGCCGAGGCAGCACCCGAGGCCACGCGCUGGCUGCAGCUGUACAUCUACAAGGACAGGAAGGUCACCGCGUCCCUGGUGAGGAGAGCAGAGGCGGCUGGCUACCGGGGAAUCUUUCUCACUGUCGACACGCCGUACCUGGGCAAGCGUUUAGCGGACGUACGAAACAAGUUCAAACUGCCCCCUCACCUCAGGAUGGCAAACUUCGAGAACCUCGAUCUGUCCUUUUCCAAAAAGGACUAUGGGGAAGACAGUGGUCUGGCUGUGUACACUUCCAGUGCAAUUGAUCCCACCAUCAAGUGGCAGGAUAUCGCCUGGCUGAGACAAUUGACCAAACUGCCGAUCGUUCUCAAGGGCAUCUUAAGAGCCGACGAUGCCAGGGAAGCGGUUAAACAUGGAAUUGCCGGAAUACUUGUAUCCAACCACGGAGCAAGGCAACUAGAUUGUGUGUCGGCAACGAUUGAUGCUCUCCCUGAGAUCAUUGAGGCUGUGGAAGGGAGGGUGGAAGUCUACUUGGACGGAGGCGUGAGGAAGGGGACCGAUGUGCUGAAAGCUCUUGCUUUGGGUGCCAAGGCUGUGUUUUUGGGAAGACCAGCCCUGUGGGGGCUGGCAUAUCAGGGAGAAGAAGGAGUUCACAAAGUCCUUCAGAUACUAAAGGAAGAAUUCAGGCUGGCCUUAGCUCUUGCAGGGUGUCGCAAUGUGAAAGAAAUAGACGGGUCUCUCGUGAAGAAGGGUACCUGGGCAAGAUCACGGAUAUGAAGGAAGUCACGAAGCUGGAAUGAGACGAAGGAGUCGGCAAAAAUAUUGCCGCAGAGUGGUGGAACCACGGUUGGGAAUUCUCCUGGGAAUGAUUCUGGAUGGAAAAUUUACUCUCAUAAGGUGAUAAAUAAUAGGAGCAGAAUUAGGCCAUUCAGCCCAUCAAAUCCACUCUGCCAUUCAAUCAUGGCUGAUCUAUCUCUCCCUCACAACCCCAUUCUCCUGCCUUCUUCUCUAUAACCUCUGACACCCGUACUAAUCAAGAACCUAUCUAUCUCUGCCUUAUCCACUGACUUGGCCUCCACAGCCUUCUGUGGCAAAGAAUUCCACAGAUUCACCACCCUCUGACUAAAGACAUUUCUUCUCAUCACCUUCCUACAGGAAUGUCUAAUUCUGAGGCUCUGACCUCUAGUCCUAGACUCUCCCACUAGACUCUCGGUGAAAACACUGCAAUCACAAAAGGACUGUUUCUUAGUCCAAGCGAUAUCUUGAUUUACUGUAUAACUUACAACAGGGAAAUUCACAAGAUGAUAUAUUUUCUUUAACUUUCUCUAACCUUAUAGUGUAAGGUAAAAUCAUACACCAUAUGGGCAGAUCUGAUAUUAAAUAAAAAUUAAAUCUGAUGGAAACACUCACUCAGCCAGUCAGGCAGCAUCGGUGAAACAGAGUUAACAUAUCAGGUCAAAGAUUCUACAUCAAAACCCAUCUUAAUCAUAGUGAAGGGAGGAACUGCAGAGGCUGGUUUAAACUGAAGACAGACACUGGAGUAACUCAGCGGGUCCAGGCAGCAUCUCUGGAGAAAAGGAAUCGGUGAUUUCAGGUCAGGGCCAUUCUU